AAGACAUUCCAACUCUCACAAUCAAUAUUCAUUCCAUGUACAGUGAUCUUCUUCAACCUUCCUGUUCACCCCUUUCAGUUAUGGCAGACACCAGUUCAUUCCCAACGGUAGGAGAAGGACAUGUUCCUCCUCCUUGUCUAAUGAAGGCCAAGGUUUCGUGGAUGUCCACCGUGAGGGGUAAUUUGUCACACGAAGAACGUAUAUUGAGAAGAGUUAGAGGUAUAUUGAACAAGCUGACAGUGGAGAAGUACAAAAUUUUGAGAACCCAACUUAUUGAUUCAGGGAUCACAACCCUGCAUAUCUUACAAGGCGUUGCGUCUCUUAUAUUGAACAAGGCUUUGGCGGAGCCAAUGUUUUGUCCUCUGUACGCCUUUCUAUGUCAUGAACUGUCAUGCAGCUGGCUCUUAGAUCCUCCAGAUGGGCUCCCAUCAUUUCCUUCUGAUAAGCGUGUGGGUAAAGAAAUCACUUUCAAGCGUAUCCUCGUGAAUAAAUGCCAGCAAGCGUUUGAGCUUGAAAAUAUGAAGGUAGCAGAGACCAGGCAGCAGAUUACGACGGGGGUCUCUUCAGAUGAUAGAUAUAAAGAGAGAAGACGAAAUCUUGGAGAUAUACAGUUUAUUUGUGAGCUCUUGAAGCAAAAAAUUUCAAUUCUGCCGGUGUUUAUUGUACAUAGGAUUCUUGGGCAGUUGUUGGAUCCAAAUGAUGCCGUGGCAAACGUUGAGGCAGUAUGUUUACUGCUGAGUACAGUUGGUAAGGAACUGGAUGAAUGGUGCACUUGGGUGUCAAAGAGGAAAGAACUGUCCAAUGAGUCCCCAAAUGAGUAUCACAGGUGGCAUGAAACUUACUUCGGUUGGCUAAAAGACGUGCUGGCAACACAUCCCCAAUUGGAAACACGGUUGAAGUUCAUGAUUCAUGAUCUUCUGGAUCUCCGGGCAAACAAAUGGGUCGAUGUGAGACAUAAUAAGGUCAAAGAUAGGGCAAUUCCUGAAUUAAUCAGUGCUUCAGAGGCAAAGGUUCUUUCCCACCUCCAUCUAGGUGCAAGUACUACCACGAAUACGAGGAAUCAUAGGGCAGUACAAUUUCAUCCCAAGAACCAACCUGACCCUCACCAUUGGUGAUGCAAUGAUGAUUUGAAAUUGAAAACUUGCUGGGGUUGGUAAUGAAGACUUGGAGUUUCCUUAUCAGGUGCAGCUAUCUGUGUGCGCGUGUGUGUGUUUGUUUAUCUGUUUGGCUUCGUUUUUGGUAGACAGUCUAUACUUGUAUAUAUUAUUGGUGGUGGUUAUGGUAGCUUCUGCACAUCUUCUUCAACUGCAUCCAUCGUGUUGUUCUAACAUGAGACAUCGAGCAGCGUACUCGGCACUACUUGAAGUUGGGGUUGGUGUUGUGGCUUCGAAAAGGAGAGCUGUGUUGACCUUUUUAUUGGAAAUGUUAGGACUAGGAGGAAUUUGUGUUACUGAAGAAUAACCAGGGAUUACAUGCACUGAUCUUCUUGAUCCUCCUAAUCCAUCCCUUCCGGUUAUGGCAGACAACAGUUGUAUCCCAGAGGUAUUCCUCCUUGUCUUAUAAAGGCUGAGGUUCAUGGAUGUCCACCGUAUAUUGAGAAGAGUUAGAGGUAUAUUAAACAAACUGACAGUGGAGAUUUAUACACUUCUGAAAGGCCAACUUAUUGAUACAGGGACACAACCCUAAACAUCUUAGACGGCGCUGCGUCUCUGAUUUUCAACAAGGCUUUGACGGAGCCAAUGUUUUGUCCUUUAUAUGCUUUUCUAUGCCAUGAACUGUCACUUCCUCCACAUGGGCUCCCAUCAGUUCCUGAUGAGUGCGUGUGGCAAGAAAUCACAGUCAAGCGUAAUGCCAGGAAGCGUUCGAGAAUGAGACCAGGAAGGUAGCAGAAACCAGGCAGCGGAUUGUGACAGGGGUCUCUUCAGAUGUUAGAUAUAAAGAGAGAAGACGAAAUCUUGGAGACAUGCAAUUUAUUUGUGAGCUCAUGAAGCAAAUUAGUUAUCCAAUUCUGCAGAUAUCUCUUGCACAUCAUAUUCUUUAUCAGUUACUGGAUCCAAAUGAUGUUGAGGCAAUAUGCUUAUUUAUAAACAUAGUUGGUAAGGAGGUGGACGAGUUAUCCAGCAAGGCACGUACUAACAACGACAACACAUCCCCAGUUGGAAACACGGUUGAAGUUCAUGAUUCUCAAUCUUCUGGAUCUCCGGGCAAACAACUGGGUUGAUCCAAGACAUAAUAAGGUCAAAGAAAAGACAAUCCCUGAAUUAAUCAGUGCAGCAGAGGCAGAGGCUCUUUCCCAAGUCCAUCCAGGUGCAAGUACCAGCACAAAUAUGAGGAAUCAUCGUGCAGUAUAAUUCCGUCCCAUGAAUCGGCCUGACCUCCAGAAUUGAAUUUAAACCAUGUUGGCGGCAACCGCACUUUUAAGGUCAGACCGGCAAAGAGGACACGUAACUUUGGAAAUAAACCAAGUACCAAUACAAUGAGGAUGGUAGACAUGCUUGCACGGUAAUAAUACCAGUUUAUCUUUAUCCCGAAACUUGGUUAAACAAAUAGCACACUCUUUCUUUUCUGUUCCUGCAUGAUUCGUCUUCUGAAAAUCCGAGUAGACCAGUACCGGUAACAAUUGCAGGGCAGCAGCUGAUUGAUUGAGUCCUUCGGCGGUGGCAGCAGCGGCAGCAGCAGCAGCAUCAUUAUUACGUCGCUUAUUACGUCGGUCAUCAAUGUAAAAGAAGACUGUUAAGAACACAAACACAAUAACGGCAGAAUACAGAACGUCGUAUUUAAAAGUACUAGUUUUUUCGUUAUUCUUGUGAACAAGAUCACUGUCGCUUCGUGCGAAACUGUAUGGUGGUGUUAAUACUAGGAGUAUGAGUAGUACUAAGUUGAUUCUCUUUG